AUGUAUCAACAAGAACUAAAUAAUGUGAAUAAUAUUACAGCAGGAGAUAUAGAGAAUAGAAUUAAAUCCAAGUCGUCCCACAGCAAAUCUAAUUCUUUGUCAUCAACAGCUGUGACAAUUUCAGAGCAACAACAAUCAAGAGAUCAAAGUCUUGAUAAACCAAAGGAGAAAUUAACCUUAUUGACAUCAAUUCCAUUGGAUUCAUCUGCAUCUAGUGUGACAAUGAGUAAAGAUGGAUUCCGUGUCUUUGUAGGUGGAAAGGGAAGGGUUGAGAUUGUUUCCUCACUUUCCGAGAGAAAGAACAAAGAAUCAAUUGACUUUUCUCCAUUGCAAUAUGUGAGAUCUUGUAAAUUGUUCAGAGAUGAGACCACAAUAGUAGUAUCUGGAGAAGGUGCUGGAAUUCAUCUUUUCGAUCUUACUAGAGGAAUGAAAAAGUUAACCUUAUCUACACUAGACAGUAAUGUGAACUAUUCGCUAUCUCUAGCUGGAGAUGACUCUACAGUAUUUGCAACAUUACUAAAGGGAACAAUUGGAAUGUGGGAUCUUAGAUCGAGCCAACUUGUAAGAUUAUUCGACGGUCACUCAUCACCAUGCUCAAGCAUUGAUCUUGAUCCUUCAGGAAAAGUUCUGAUGAGUGGUGGAUUGGAUAAGACAGUUAAAAUGUGGGACAUUAACUCAGGUAAAUGUUUCCAAGAAUUCCAAACCAACUCUAGAGUUUUAUCCCUCACCAACUCACCUGCUUCAGAUUUGAUUGUGUACGGAUUGGAAGAUGGUGGAUUAGAUUUGGUCACUUACAAGACACAAUCAAAUUCUCACAAUGUCAUUAAGCAUUCUGAUUGUGUUCUUACCACUAAAUUCUCUCCUAAAGGAAAUUACAUUAUUUCAGGAGCAAAGGGAGGCAUGCUUACCAUCUCUGGAGUUGAUGCAUGCUUUAGACAGCUUGCCUCAGAACGAUUGAGCAACUCUGUUCUGUCUUGUGAUGUUGUGAGUAGCACUGAUGGAGACUACAUCUCAGUUGGUACAUGGGAUAACAAGAUAUCAUUGUAUAAAUUAGUAGGUGUAUAA